AUGAAAAAGCUGGUGAUUAUUGGGGAUGGUGCCUGUGGGAAAACCAGUUUGCUCAGCGUCUUCACGCUGGGCUACUUUCCAACGCAUUAUGUGCCAACGGUCUUCGAGAACUACGUAACAGAUUGCCGUGUGGACGGACGGUCGGUUCAAUUGGCUCUGUGGGAUACUGCUGGUCAGGAAGACUACGAACGGCUGCGUCCGCUGGCCUACUCGAAGGCGCAUGUGAUUCUGAUCGGCUUCUCGGUGGAUACGCCCGAUUCGUUGGAGAACGUCAAACACAAGCAGAACGGAGCGCUGACGAGGGCUACUACGGUGCAGUGGAUCGAAGAAGCCAACGAACGAUGUCCCGGCGUGCCUAUCAUCCUGGUCGGGUUGAAGAAGGAUCUCCGGGAGGACCCCUUGGCGGUCGAGGAGAUGCGGAAGAAGUCGCUGAGGUUCGUCACGUCCAAGGAAGGAAGCGAUAUCGGCACCCAGAUUGGCGCCCGCAAGUACUUGGAGUGUUCCUCCUUGACGGGUGAGGGGGUGGACGACGUGUUCGAGGCCGCCACCCGGGCCGCGCUGUUGACGUUCGACAAGCGGAAGAGCUCAUGCUGCAUUGUGCUAUGA